AUGACUACGCUACGAAAAGAAGCCUAUGUUCCUCCACACCUGCGCAGCUGUCCCCCUGCCAACAAGGCCUCUAUUCCGCCACACCUGCGCAGCCGCCCUUCUGCCAAUAAAGCGACGAUAGAUCCAGGGUAUAAAAAUGCUGCCACCAAUGGCUCACCUUCUUCUUCGAAAAAUUCCAAGUCCACAGUUGCUACCAAGCCCGAGUCAGUUCAAAACCAAAACAACAUGCGCGAGGCAACACCACCUUCACCAGCAACCACACCACAUGAGCCUGUAGAGCAUGAACAUAAAGACAUGGCUACCCCCGAAAACGUCUGGGGCGGCUGGAAUGAAACUGAAAUCAACAAUCUGCAUGCUCAUCAGAAGACUGCUAAACCGCGUUGGAAUCGUGGCACUCAGCCGUACAAGAGGAAGCCUUGGCCAAAACAAAGGGACAUGAAAUAUAUUCCUGGCAAAAGCGAGAGCGAUGGUGGUGGUGUCAACUGCUGGUCUGACAGCAACGGAGACCCUGACUACGAUGUCAGGAAACUGCUAGACUGGAACGGCGAUUGGCUACCUGCUCCGGAAUCAUGGUCCGCUCGAAGAGGACAUGAAGACCGUCACCUUGGUGCACAUGUAGAACAAUGGAUGAAUGGACACUCACAAGAGUGCACCAGAUCCGUAUACUACCCACUCAGUACUUUCAGUCCCGAAGAUGGACCUUGCAAAGAGCUGGCACCUCGUUACUGGCUUGAGGCGAAGGUUGAGGGCAGUAACUUGAGAGAAUCUUGGAAGACAAUCUCUACUUCGGACCCAAAGCCGCUGGAUGAUACGGACAUUACUAUCCAUCCACCUUGGUGGGAAUUGUACGAGGAUGUGGUCUAUUCUGAGGUGAUUCACGAGGAAGGUCAGGGUGAACAGCAUUUCAAGCAUAGGAGCUGUUACCUGAACAGCCUACCAGCGCCGGAGGCAAGAAUCGACCCUACCGAUGCAGAGCAUCCUACCACUCAUCUGAUGCUGGCUUCGGCUGCAGAAAAGCUUCAAGAUCUACAACAACGUAGGGAAGCUAAGGAACGUCGCUUGUUGGCCAAACGGAAUCGCCCAGUCGCGAAUUCGAUGUUUCCAAUGCAAGCCAUGGAAGAUCGUCGCCUACGCCCUAAGACCAACAUGUACAUUCGUCCUGUUCAGCCAGCAGAUGUUGUUGGCAUUGGAGCGAUUUACAACUACUACGUUGAGCAUACCAUUUACGCAACCGAGUUUGAUGGGCGCACUGAAGAUCAAAUCCGCCAGCGAAUCAACACUGUCACCAGUGCAGGCCUUCCAUACUUGGUCGCAGUCUCAAAGAGCAACGAGUCCAGGACCAAUCCCGGUUAUGUUACCGAAAAGAUUGUAGGCUUCAUCAGCUUGGAUGAUUACUGCAGCCAGGCAUCCUCGUUCCGCUACACUUUUGAGAUGGAGUUGUUCGUCCACCCAGGCUAUACGAGCAAAGGUAUUGGCAAGUGUCUCGUGGAUCGUCUCCUAGAGAUGGCGGACACAAGCUACCGCGCUCGCGGCGGGUAUCAGUACGUCAACAACUUCGAGUACCUCAAGACCGGGCCAUCAAGGGUUAUCAAAACGAUUCUACUCAACGUCCACCACGAGAAUGGAGAGCAUGCAGAGACCGGAUGGCAGGGCCAGUUUCUCCACGCAUGCAAGUUUCAUCGUGUCGGUCGGCUCCCCAAAGUGGGAUAUAAGAACAACACUGUUAUAGAUGUUGCCAUCUAUGCACACCACACCAACGAAGAGAUUGAUGCAGGUACCCGCCCUACUGUCGCAGGAUAA